CCACCUCUGGCCUCUCUGGUCUCGCCGGUCCUCCCGUCUUGACCCGCAUGGUGCCCCCCGUCCCCCCUCGCCCUGUCCAGUCCAUCCAGUCCUACCGUCCCUCCUACGGCUCCUUCCCUGGCUCCUCACACAACCCCUAUGGGAGCUCCAGCCUCUACGGUGGAGCAUACAGCCCCUACAGUCCCUACAGUGGUGGCUAUGGCAUGGGAGGGGGGKUCGGUGGUGGKCUUGGUGGGAGCCUGGGCUACAGCCGCUUCGGCCAAACCGGUGGUGAAGACGUGGCGCCCAGUCGGUUUGUCCAACAGGCAGAGGAGAGCAGCCGUGGCGCCUUCCAGUCCAUCGAGAGCAUCGUCCAGGCCUUCACCUCGGUCAGUAUGAUGAUGGACGCCACCUUCUCGGCCGUCUACAACAGCUUCCGAGCCGUGCUGGAUGUAGCCAACCACCUGACACGGUUACGGAUGCACUUUACCAAGGUUCUGUCGGCCUUUGCCCUGGUGCGCACCCUGCGCUACCUGUACCGCCGCAUACAGAGGAUGCUGGGGCUGAGGCGGGACGGUGAGGUGGAGGACCUGUGGGCAGACAGUGAAGGAGCUGUUCUGGCGACCAGAGGMGCUGGAGCCGCYAUGGAAGACCCCAGAGCCGGAGRGGUCAAGUCGUGGCCCAUCUUCCUUUUCCUGGCRGUGGUCCUAGGAGGGCCCUAUCUCAUCUGGAAGCUACUGAGCUCCGCCCAGGGGCCCGAGGAGAGCGUCACCAACUGGGCUAGUGGGGAGGAUGACCAUGUGGUUGCCAGGGCGGAGUAUGACUUCACAGCUGCGUCGGAGGAGGAGCUCUCACUGAAUGCUGGAGACAUGCUCAACCUGGCUCCUAAAGGUAAGAAACCAGGAGGAGAGGGGCGAAUCCAACCCACAACCAGCACCGUGCUCUAACCCAGUGUUUCUCAACUCCAGGCCUCCAGU